GAAGCUCAGUACUGCAGGAAUCCGGAUAUGAUGAAAAUGUUUGAGACGCAACUAUCCUCACAAACUACCGCCACUGACCGUCGACAGCGUAAACGGGACUAAUAUUGAUACUUUUUGUCCGGAGAAAAGUUGGACUGGGACACACUGGCUGCUAAAAAAAAGUUCCCGUAAAAGUUUUUUUUGACGCUAAGUUACUCUUUAACCCAGUUUGUUUUCCUUUUCUUUCUAACGUCUCGGGGAAAGAGUCGGAGGAAGGAAGGAUGGGAAUAAGUCAGAUUUGAAGCAGAGGGAGUUGACAUGUUUGAAAGCCUGAGCUGAUGAUGAGACUUUGGUUUUCACAGCGCUGAAGGCUGAGGGAAGGGAGGAACUUCUUCUACUGCAGUGUGUGUCCCAAAAAGACGACUGUCUCAUGUCCAAGGAGACUGUCCUUCCUCCGGAUGGGCCGGCUGGGCCAGGAAAGGGCCCUCAGCGAGAAACAAGUCCCCUGUUGUCAGACUCACAAGAUGGCUGCAACAGUGAAACAUCAGGAAGAACACCGUCUCCCAGGAAACCAGCCAGCGAAGGACAGAGUCACAUGACCGAGGAGAAGCCUAAUUAUUGCGAGCCUGUAAGAACUCAGCCCCAGUCUCAGCCCGUGUCCUCGGAGCCUGCCGAGGGAGAAGCUGGCACGGACCAAAAUGGCUUUCGCCACAACAGUACUGGCACGCCCGCGCUGAGUAACAGCAACGGCAUCCACCCUGGCAUCAGCGGAGCCGGGGCCACGCGCACAUGCUCAUGCGGUGCCAGCAUCAGCGCGGGCGCCACGGGCGGGUUGGGCUCUGGCUCAAGAUCAGCGGCGGCAGCGCCGACAACAGAGCAACCCAGGAAGCAGCCGUCCACGCCCGUGUCCCAGAGGAUGCAGAGGAAACUGAGGUCCAGCCUGUCGGUCAACAGUGACAGCAGCCGACGCAGCAAAGGCAGUUCCACGGGGUCACAGAAACCUCCUCUACCAGAGGACUGCUGUGUCCACUGCAUCUUGGCCUGCCUCUUCUGCGAGUUCCUGACACUUUGCAACAUGGUGGUGACGCAGGCCUCGUGCGGCGCGUGCACCUCAGAGGCCUGCUGCUGCUGCUGCUGCACUGACGACCUGGGCGACGACUGCAACUGCCCCUGUGACAUGGACUGUGGCAUCAUGGAUGCCUGCUGUGAGUCCUCAGAUUGCCUGGAAAUCUGUAUGGAGUGCUGCGGCAUCUGUUUCCCUACAUAGGGAGGCCUGAGCUGGUGGGGAGCAGCGUGUCUCUGCGGGGGAUAACUGGACCCUGGAUGGAAGAAUGGAAGGAAACUGCUGCUGCUGUCACUUUGAAUUCAGUAGCAGACAGACGGAACAUUUGUGUGUGUGUGUGUGUGUGUGUGUGUGUGUGUGAUGGUCGACAUAUGUGUUUGUGAAUGCCUUUUUCUUCCUGUGUGCUGACUGUAGUGUGUGUGUGUGCAGUAGUAUGGUGCGGUUGAGUAAAGCAUGCUUUCAAAGAUGUAUUUUGACACUGGGCUUCUCUAUCAAAACCAGCUCAGCAGGAGCUAGAAGUAACUCCAGAUAUAUGAAAAUAUCAGUUAAGUCUUCAGUGUAUCAUAAGUUGUUUCUGUUAAAGGCAUGCUAUGCAGGAAUUGUCAAUAACUGUUUGUAAAUACAACAUUUAAAGUUGGCCCCUCCUCCCUGACUCAAUGACAAUGAAAGGAAACCAGGAAGUCAUUUUGAAAUCAGCUUUGUCCGCUUGGUAUUCGGCGGUACUACAUUUGCACCUUAAAAUAUCUACACUUCUAAAUAUACAAAUUAUACAUAAUUUGGGAAAAUGAAUCAAUCACUAGACCACUUUCUAGUGUGACGAGCAAAGUAACUAAAAACAUUAAUUUCCUCAAUAUUGCAAUAGUGCUUUUAUAAUGCCAUUAACGGCAAACAACUAUAGAUGAUAUUAUACAGUCAUGUAAAAAAUGAUUAGACCACCGUGUUGUUGUUCAUUUGAAUGCCUGGUACAACUAAAGGUACAUUUGUUGUGAGAGCUGAUAUCCAGACAUCUUCCAUGGUUUUAUUCAUAAUAAGCAAAAUCAUUAUCAAGAAAACCAUGGAAAAUGGCUAGAUAACAGCUGAUAGUUGAAAAUACGUAGUUUUUCAGGGUGGUUACGGGAUCAUGGUGGAAAAAGUAUGUCGAGCCCUGCCAGAGGGUCCAGAACACAGAAAAAUUUAAAUUUAACACAUAAGAAAAUACAGGUGAGGGCUGUCGUCGGUUUAUGGCCGUAGCCAGAUUGUUUUUUGCAACAAGCACAGCAAAAACAGACCAGGAGCUGUAUAAGCUAAUGCUAGUGUUAGCUACCUAGCUUGGUUAGCAAGAGGAAAUUCUUAUUCAAAAAAGAAGCCAGAAGUGACCAAAAUGCCAACUUUAACUCUGAUGUGAAAACACAGUGUGAAAGGGUCAAAGUUCUAAGACAAAAACACUCGUAUACCAUGGUAGUGGCCUGUCAAUCAUAAGAUAGCCCCGCCCUAAAGCAUAACCUCCUUAAUUGUCUGUUUUACUAUCAAUGGGACCUUCCUUUACAAAAUGGAUUGGAUCAGUAUAGAAGACUUCAUCUUCAGGCCCAGAGAUUGCUGCUUGGUCUUAACAUUGUUUUUCUUUCUUUUCCUAAAAUCCUGCAUAGUAUACCUUUAAGUAUUCUAUCCUUUACGUAAGAAGUAUUAUCAUAGACUGCCUUAAAGAUUUUAUUGUUACAUCAGGAAUGCUGUCUAAUUGUAUCUUAUCUCUUUAGUCGUUUUGAUGACCAAAGUGUUGCAUACACUAAACAAAAUGAUUUAUUUACUCUGAUUUUAUUUUCAAUACUUGUGUUUUUUUUUUUUUUUUUUUAAUGCUCAAAAACUGAGGUUGCGGUCUUAGUACUGUACAACACUGUAAAAAAGGUUUAUGUGACAGUUCAUACAUUCUUAGUUGCAUACUGUAGUUUUGCAACACAGAAUUUCAUUUACAGUUAUCUACUGUAGCACUGUAGAACAGUUAAAACUGGUGAAAUAUCAUAAGGUGAAUCAGGACUUCACACAUGCCACCUACUCUCAAACCAAAAGUAAAGAAUGUGCCUGUUUUAGGAUGGUUUUACUUUUAUUUUGAAGCAUUUCUUUGAAUUGAAGUGGCAGGUUAUUACAGGAAAAACUGCACAACGGUGCUGAUGAGCACAUAAUUGUUUGAUUGAUUGUUUCCCAUUUGUCUUCUGAUUUGGUUGUAUUUGAAGCCUUGGGUUUACUGGAAAUACAGCACACAUUUUUAGUGCUCACUGCAACGCAAAGACAGACAAUGUAUAGAGCUCCUCUAAUGUCAAUGAGUAGACUUUUUCAGUAAUUAUGGUCCAAGUCUUUUCUGUGAUGCUGUUUUACAUACAUACAUACUGUGUAAGUGUGACUUGUUGAACUGCACUCUGUUCAUAAGGGGUUUGAUAUGGAAUUAAAAAAUGGUGACCCUGGUUGCCAUAUAAGCGGCUUUCGGGUAUCAACCCAAGUGACUCGCAGUACAAAAAAGGAAUCAUGAGCUGUCGUGUUGAAAUGGUAAACUAAUGCAGGGUAAAGGCAGUUUUCUUCUCCUUUUUUUCUGUUCCUUAAUUCUGUGUAUCUGGAGAUGAGUUUGUGGUGAAUCACCAGUGGAGUCAUUUCCUUGUCUCGGAGAUCCGCUUUGAUGUUGUUUAAGUGAUGAUACUUAAUGCUGGCCUUCAUUAGCACUGCUUACUAACUGGUUACAAUAAACGUCCCUUCCUAACACCAACAGAUAAUGUGCUGUCAUGUACAGCCCAUCUUAUGGCACACUGUUAUUGUGUGUGAGGAGGUUGGAUAGGCACCUCUGCAGCAGAUAAUGUGCAGAAACUAAACCUCAUUUUCAUGUUUAUGUGCAACUCACGUCAAGAGUGUCAAGAAAACACCACAGAUAAUGUGAAGAAUUCAUCUAAAAAGAGACAAAUGUAUACAUGUAGCUACAGUAGUUGUCCUCUUAUACUAUCCUGUUGUAUGUUUUUUUUUUAUUUUCUUCAUUGCCUUACACUUGAUCCGGCCUAGUCCGCAUGUACAUGGGGAUUAUUCGAAGAAAUCCAGUACACACAAGCACUUAUUACGUAAAAUCUCUGUCUAAAUAAAAACAAAAAAACGUAUUAAAGCGUUUUUAAGAGUGUGCCACGACAACAGGUGGUCUGUGUUGUGGAAAUGUUGGAUUAUAUAGCAGUGACUUUAUAGUGCAUGCUGGUGCACUCAAUAGAGUGGAAGAGUAACUGUACUUAUACAUGUAACAAGUCCUGUUAGCAAGGAUAGAAACAGCACUAUUUUUGCAUAAAUGUUGACUCAUUUGUGACGCCUCUCAAGGAAAUAACAGCACACACUCUGAUGUUACUAGCCAGAAAACUUUUUUUUUCCUUUUCUUGUUUUGUUUCAGUUCAAAUACAGUUCACAUGUGGACGAAAGGCUAAAAAUAAUCCCCAUGUACAUGUACGUGCUUCGUUUCUCAACUUGGAGUUCACCGCUCAUUUUCUUAGUUUUGUACAUUAUUGUCAAUCUUAAAGAGUUUUUAAAAAAUAAAGCAUAAAAAAAUAAAAAUCUCAUUCAUCUCUUUAUUAUGUUUCAGUUGCUCGAGUGGCAAACUCAACCCACUCAGGUAACACCCAGAGACAAAAUGUGACCAACAAGCCUCUUUGAAUAUGGAGUGUUGUGCAUCGUAUGUUUUAAUAUAUCUUAAAAUUUACAUUUUUGUAUUUCUCUCUAAAAGAAAAGCAUUAAAACUCCAAACUGAUGCACUGAACAUUGGUUUGAGGCAUCUUGUGCUAUAAAUUUGAACUUGCCAGUCAGGAGUUUACAAUGACUCUGGAGAUAUAUUAAUUAUAUCAAAUAGAGCUCCUGCAAUUGGACAACUAUUUUGACAAAUAAUAUUUUCAAUAUUUUUUAAAAAUGCCAAACUUUUGGGGAUUCUAGCAUCUCAAAUGUCUUGCUUUCCUUUGUUUUACAGGUGCAUCUGAAUACAUUAGAAUAGUCCAUUUCCAGUAGUUCAAGUCAAGUAUUGAGUCAUAUAGAUGGACAUACUUUUCAGAGGCCAACAUUUCUAUAUUAAACAUACUUUUUAAAAUUGGUCUUUUGUAAUAUUACAUUUCUUUUUGAGACACUGAAUGUUCGGUCUUCAUUAAAUGUAAGCCAUAAUCAUCAUAAUUAGAAUAAAUUAAAUAAAUGAAGAUAUGGAAUGUUUCAUUCUGUGUGUAAUGGAUCUAUAUAAUGUGUUAUUUCCACUUUUUGAAUUGAAUUU